AUGAAAGUGUUUGUUGGUGCUUUUGUGUUGGUCGGAUGUGUGCUGGCAUACGGAUCGGCUCUUUCGGCGCAAGGUGCUAAGGUUGAGUGUGCCGGAACCGAGGGUGGUCUAUCGUGCCAUGGUGCUAAGAUUGUGCGUAAUCUCGUCCGACGGUUGGCACGGUCGGGAAAAGCGGACGAUGCACUGAAACUUUUCCCAGGAGUGGAAAUUGUUGCCAACGAAGACCCGGAAGAGCGUGAGCGAUCGCUGAACGAAGUGGCGGACGAUGAUCGCAGCAUGUUCGGGCGCUUUGCACGCUAUCUGCAGAACCAUGAGCUGAAGAUCAACUUUGGACAGCUGGUGCAGCGUGGCGACAUUCAGGAAGCGAUCCGGACGGCUUUCGGUGCGAUGGAUCAGGAGGUGAUUGCUGACGUGGCUGAGGCGCGCAAGAAGGAUAAGGGUGGUCUGGGAGCGAUCAUGAUGAUGGGUCUGAUGAUGGGCAAGCUGCUGGCGGCACUCGGAUUCGGAGGGGUUGGUCUGCUGGCACUGAAGGCACUCGGCGUGUCGAUGGUGGCACUACUGCUGUCUGCCAUCCUAGGACUGAAGAAGCUUACCGAGCAAGGUGAUCAUAAGGGACGGCACAACGAUGAGCAUUUCGAGGUGCACUCGGAGAAUCAGCAUGGCCAUGAGGGUGGUGCUCGUAAGCGCCGUUCGGUUGAGACGGAAACGGUGGCCAACCAGAUGGCUUACACCGGGUGGGCACCGCUCGUUCAGUGA